AUGUCUGAUUUUCAAUUGAAUAAUGAAGAUCAUGAAGCAUUGGAAAAAUUUACAAAAUUUUUCUUAGUUAAAGCAGCACAAAUUAUUGUACAAUCACGUUUAGGUGAAAAGAAAACAACAAAAUCAAAACCUGUUUACUCAGGUAAUGAAUGGUUUCAUCUUUCUAUCAAAGACAUUCCAGAGGUUACUGUCAAUGCAAAGAAAUGUUUAGGUGAUGCACAACAUCUCUUAAUUGAUCCUCCACAUUGUCCAUUUUGUGUUGAAAUAUCUUUACGUACCCCAGAUUGUGAUACAAUUACAUUAGAAACCUGGUGUAUAUCUUUCGAUGAUUCAGUAUCCGAUCCAUCACAACGUGUUCGAUUUAAUAUAUAUAAUCGUAUGAGUAUUGUACUUCGAUCAUUGCUUGCUUGUACACGUGCAACACCUACAUAUCAAUUAUCACGUAAACAAUCAGCAGAUAAAUAUAUUAUUUGUUAUAAAAUGUAUAGCGGAGAACCUAUUGUUAGUCAUCUUGGUGAACAUUAUUCGAAGAAAACUUGUGGAAGUAUAGUGACACCGAUUGGACGUUUUGUAUUAAAUGUUGCGUAUCGUACACGUUUAACAAUGUCAUCACCACAAAUUGAGAAUGGAAUAAGUGGUAUAACACAAUUUGGUAUAGAUAUUAAAAAUGAUCAUUUUUCAUUAGAUAGAAAUCAAAAUAGUGCUGAAGAAGAUAAUGAUGCACAAUUACCAUCAGAAAGUAAUUCUAGUGUACCAAAAAGUUCACCUAUUGAAGUUAUGAAACGACGACAUACAAGUUGUGAUUCUGUUUCAUCAAGUCAUGGAACACCUGAUAAAGUAUAUUAUAGUAAAUUACGUGCUGCUUUUGCCACACCAGGCACAACAGCAUAUCCUUCAAAUGUUGGUUCAUAUUCACGUGCUAAUGAUAGUGAUUUACCAUUUGUACUUAUGAUGCAACAACAAGAAAAUAAUCAUCAACAACAACAACAACAUUCAAUGGAACAAGAGCAUCAACAAGAACAACAGCAUACAAAAAAUCAUUAUUAUAUGAGUGGUGAUUCAGAAAAUGAAACAGCACCAGAUGAUUUUAUUCUUGUUGAAGUAAAACCAUUUUUUGGUAAAAGUGAUUCAACAGAUGAUCUAGCUCUAUUUAUUCGUUCGUGUCAACAACCACCAAUGCUUGAAUCAUUUAUUGUUGAACCAUCACUUGGAGAAACCAUUAAUCAAUUAAAUGAAGAAUUACGUAUAUUUGAAUCUAAAGUUGAAGAAUUUGAUCAACUUGUUAGCACAUUAGAUACGAAUCAUAAAGCUUCAUUAUGUACGACAGAGUGA